GGUUCCGCCUGCUGCUGCCGGAAGGCGCCGGGUGUGCCGCGGGAAGGUCGCGCAGGGGAGAGGGUCGCCGGGCUGCCCUGUCGGUACCAUGCUGGCUGCCGGUGUCCGCAGGUUUACCACCUCCGCCCUCCGCAGGAGCCACUAUGAGGACGGCCCCGGAAAGAACCUUCCAUUUUCUGUGGAUAACAAAUGGCGAUUACUCGCACUAAUGUGUGGAUUCUUUGGAAGUGGAUUUGUCGCCCCUUUCGUUAUUGUCAGACACCAGCUUCUUAAGAAAUGAAGAGGACAGACUGUAACUGUGCUAACUGGAGUUGAAGUCUUCUACACAGCAUCUUUCAAUGGAAAAAGGAUAGCUGUAAUUGUGUACCAUGCUGGAUGUGACUAAAUAAAACCUUAAAUCUGAAGGUC